CGCAAUGCCUAAAAUCCUAUACGAAGACCUCGCUAAAGUAGCAAGCUUUGUGAAAGAAGAUGAGACCAUUUCGAAGCCUCCCAGCCACCGUACACUUAGCCGGGUACUCCGCAGUCGCGGUUUAGUCAACUAUCGCUGCAAACUUCGCCCAAAACUGACCGCCACCCAUGCCCGAAAACGCCUCGCCUUCGCCCGCGAAUACCGUAACUUCCCUUGGCAGCGCCGCAUAGUCAAGUUCUCUGAUGAGUGCCUAGUUCAGAAAAAUGCUGGCUCCACAACUGAGUGGUGCUUUCGGUAUCCUCAUGAAAAAUGGAAGCAUAGGAUGUUAACAGAGGCCCGGGCCAGCCAGGGCCCGCGGCAAAUGGUGUGGGGGGCUAUAUGGCUGGAUGAAACUGGGUGUGCACGACGCAGCCCACUAGUGAUUAUGGAAAGAGAUAUAGAUGCCGCCCGCUGCGGAUACAGCGCCCAAAGUUACAUCCAAACUCUCCAGCGAGGUCUUUUACCCAAUUGGCGGCGCACACAGCUGUUCAUGCAUGAUAACGUGCGGAUAGACACCGCUGGCGCGGUCAGAGAUUUUCUGGAUGAGCACCACAUUAGAACGCUAGACUGGCCCGCUUAUUCUCCAGAUCUCAACCCUAUUGUACUGUAACAAGCAGAAUUUAAAAACACAUACA